UUUAUGUGAUUGGCGGAAAUUUCAAAUCAAGGACAAGGUCAAGGAGCAGGAAAGUUGGAAAGAAUGGCAACGAAAUGUGAGAAAGAAUCUACGUGUAGAAUUUCACUAAAUGGCUUUGUCACUCAAAAUAUUAAGAGUAGAAUAGUCACAGAGAUUCUUAAAUAUCUUCUCUACCAUCGGGAGCAGAUACCACUGCCUUUUGACCAGCUAUAUUUUCAAUACCAGCGACCGGAAAUCAAUGAAGCUGACCACAAACACACCCUGUUCAAGAAGCGGAUGACGCAACUACUGAAGGAAAGUCAAGAACUCUUUGUGAACAUCGAUUCCCUCUUCCAGGAAACCGAUAUAUCUCACAUCAUUGUCCUCUUUGGUUCGACUGUCAUAAGCCCCAAGGAGGUGUAUCACAUACGAUUCUUGAACAACGAACAAACGUCCCAAACUCUUUCCGUGAAGCACUGUGUUAGGAGCGUCGCAAGGUCGCUCAUCACCAGCUCUCCGCUCGGGGACAGCCCUCUCCCGCCGGUCACCAACAUGGUCCUAACUGCACAUGCUCCUAGGUCGUGCAACCCGACCUGGUUCAAGCCCAAGGCCAACUUCAAAGUUCCGAAAAUGGGCCGUCACUGCAACAUUGACAUUAGCUGCGGGAUGAUGCAUAGCAGAGUGUCCUCCGAAGAACACAUUUGGAUGCAGACUCCUUCUGGCAUCAAAGGUCUCAAGGACACAGUAUCUCCUAAAGCUCCAAGCGACCUUUGGUGUAGUUGAUGAAGAAAAUUAUAUAACAGAUAGUUGUUUGAUUUUAUUAAGUUACAUUCACCUUAUAGGAUAAUAGAAUGGAGUGAGCAGUGCCUUGUGAUAUACAUGUAUCUGACUUGCAAUCAGAUUCUUUAGUUCAGGGUUGCUCAUAGAUUUACCAAUACCAUUGAUAUCAAUCAUAACAUUGAUUAUGUCUGUUAUAUUGCAAGGCACUAGGCUAGAAAUUGAAUAUAAAAUUUCAAUACCUGCAGUGCUCAGUCAUCAUAGCUCUGUUUUUAUAAAUGACAUUCAUCUUUUGUGUUAUUUUUUCUACAAUGAAAUCAUGUUAAUCUUUUUAUUUUGUUGUAAUUGAAUAAUUUUAAUAUUUAUUUAUUCUUGAAGCUGAUAACUUUAUUUAGUGAUUAAGAAAAGAAAGACAUUUUAUUUGUUCCUUAAAUGCCAGCAUAGUCAAUGUUGUGGAUAAAAAUGUAUGAUUUUCCUCCUUUUUUCUGACCACUAUAUGCAAGUAUGUUCUAAUGCCCCCUGGUAUGACUACAAAUCAACAGUCCUUUUUAAAACGUGGAUGAAAAGAUGUCCAUUUAAGGAGAAUAUGGAUGAUUUGUCACGCAAUGUUCUCCUUAAUUUUAAGAUUCAAAAAGUUAUUUUGCAAUCAAGCAUUGUGGUCUAGUGGCCUUGACUCCGGCCUUUCAAUCAGAGGGUCGCGGGUUUGAAUCCCAGCCAUCGCAUUAGUUUCCUUCAGCAAGGGAUUUUAUCCACGCUGCUGCCCUCAACCCAGGAUUCGAACCCUGAAAGCUGCCAGGUUAAAGCUGGAGUGAUAAUAUCCCAUUCCUUUGAAUGUGCAUGGAGACAAUAAUGUCCUAUAUCCUGUGUAUGAUUCUUAUCAUUGAAAAUUGUCCCUAACAGCUAACCAUGUUAUUUAGCGGGCAAUCCAUCUUUUGUACAUUGCAGCAUGUGACACUGGUACUGCCAGACUGUUAAAAAUUGCUGUCGGGCCAGUAACUUUUCAGAAAAAGCCAGAUUUACUGGUCUGACAUGGCCAGUAAGAUUAUAUCUCACUGAUACAAAAUAUAUUUUCUUUUGUAAAUUAUAAAAAUGUUCUGGCCGCCUUGCAUCUAAAAAAAUGGCUCUCAUGAAUUAUGCUGUGUGUGUGUACUGCUUUCUUUUUUUUUUUUUUUUUUUUUUUGGGGGGGGGGGGUAACAAUAAGCAAUAAAAGACAGCAAAAUAAAUUCGAAGUCUUUUUAAAUAUUUUUCUUUAUUUUGGGACCAGUAAAUUUUAGGUUCGGUCCAGUAAAAAAUGGAAAAACUGGGUAUACUGGUCCGACAUGAUCAGGUCGGACCAGAAGAAAAAAGGGUUAAUGUGGAGCCCUGGUUUAUCGUAAUGAUUGGCUCUCCCUCGUGUCAUUUAGUGAAAUUAAUAUAUAUUCAUUUUAAUAUCCCUACUUGUGGAGAUGUUUUGGUGUAGUGGUUCAGUCACUUGACUCUUGCACCAAGGGUCAAGGGUUUGAAUCCCACCCAGCACUAAUGUCCUUUUGCAAGGCACUUAUCCAUGUUUGUUACUCUCCAGUCCACCCAAGUGUUUAAUUGGUACCCGGUAGGAUGUGAAUGUGUAUGGUCCUUUUCACGGUCAAGGGUGUAACUUUCAAAAUUCAAGAUCAAAAUUUCAAAAUGGACUGUCAUAAACAUUUCUACUAAAAACAGGUCAAUAAAUAUCUUAAUUCUUCAUUUCUCUCUGUUCUGGAGCUUAAUCUACUUGAGAAACCUGAAAAAAUUAUGUGCAACUGUGAAAAAUAAAAAAUAAAUGAAUAAAAUCAGUCUUUUGAUUUUAUUACCAAAAUGACAAAUUUUUUCAAGGAAAAUAUUUUCAUUUGCCAUUUUUUAUUCACAAAUUAAAUGUUCUUUGAGGUUUUUAAAAGUUUUGGAAUCAAACUUUAUUAGUUUUGUAAAAAUUUCUAUGAGUUCUUGAAAUUUAUCACAAAUUUUGAUUUUGACAACAAAGUGUUUAAAAUUACAUGUCUUCCAAGAGGAAGAGGAAAGCAAAAAUUAUUGUACAUUAACUUCUCCAUGAAUGUUUAUUACUACCACAAAUCCCAUGGAAAUCAGAUACCAAGUAAGAAAGUUGGAAAUUUCUCACAAGUGUGUUUCGGAGGCUUCAGUUAACAUAAGUAUGUGUUUCGGAGACUUCAGUCAUGUUAGCACUAUAAAAGUCCCUUAUUAAAGUUGAUUACUUUUACAACUCUACCUUUUUCAUAUGGCAUAUCAGUUAUAAGACUGAAUGCAAACAAAAUCAAACAAACUAAUGUCUUGUGAAUGGGAAAAUGUGAAUGGGAAAAUGUAAUUCACGAAUGUUAACUAUUACACAAAGACCAAUGCCUUGUUGCUAAGAUAGGUAAACAUUCAGCUUUAAAGGGAAUAUAGUAAUAGAAAUACAUCUAACUACAGAAAAGAAUAUUUAUGAUGCAUAAACAAAGUGAUGAAAUGCCGAAACUUGUGUUUCAGUGGCUUUGCUAGGGUUCACAGAGUGUUUCGGAGACUUCAAACAUGUUAACAUAUUGCAUUUUCCAUCAUUUAGCUAACAGAUUAUUUAAAUUUUAACACUUGUUUAUUGUUAUGUUAAAUCCAAUUAUUAAAAAAAAUCCCAAAUUAUCUGUUAAGUUCAAUGCAGAAAGUUGGUUGGCAAUUAAUUUGUUAUAUGCCUUUAGUGUUUAGGAACAUAGCCAUGAGCAAUCAUGUACGUGCAAUUAUUGAUACUGCACUUUCUGAUUUACUUAAUAGCAAUUUACUUUGCAUUAUACAACAACAAGCUGUUUAAAAAAGUACAUACAAUACAUGUAAGUUAUAUGUACAUGAUUAUAAUUCAAAACAAUUGUUGGUAUUGGAAUCACUUGUAGUGAAUGGUGUUAGGGUAAUUCUAUUUAUGGCAAAAGUACUAACUAUCCACCUAUACCUACCUAGAGCUCAAGCUCAUAAAAUUAAUCAAAUUAUAGUUGAAAAAAAAUUGUUAAUCAUAGGACAUUAUUGUCAACACAGUCUUCUCAAGGAUUUAGUUAGUUAUUUUCUCAAUAUCUAAGUUUUAAAUCAUGCUUUGCUUUUAUCUUGAUCUUUUGUCAUCUUUGGCACUUGGUUUUCUUCCCACCUUUUUUCUUAAUGAAGACAUACAUCGUAAGCUGUACAUAAAGUAUUUAUAAACAAAUCAUAUAAAAUCACAUUCUAAAUUGCAUCUAAAUAUACCUUUCAAAACUUAAUAUUUUUGUAGAGACAACCUGGCAAUUGAAAUCUAAGUAUGAGACAAAAUUGUGAGCAGCUUUUGUAUAAAUUCAACUGAAAUGAAAAUCCUUCAAGGCAAACAGAUUGCAAUACAUCUGUCACAGAAAGUAAUUUAAGAAAGUUUCCUUUAAGCCUAAAACUUAUAAUGGUAUAUGGCAAAGAGAAUGAAGCCUCUGAAUCAUACGAGAAUUUACAUGUACAUGUCUCAGAUGCCUUGAUAUUUGAGAAAAUGCAAAGAUUAAUUUUAAAUAUUUGUAUAUUAAAGUGUUCCUAAAUUGUUCCUAAAUAUUACAUAAUUUACAUUGUAUAUUUGUGCGCAUGUGUGUAAGUAUGCACGUAUCUACACAAUAAAGUAACCUAAAUUUGAUAGAGGGUAACACAUGUUUACAACUGUAAAAUUGAAUCACAAAUACAAGUUCUUUUGUAUAUCAUUAAAAAUAUGAAAAUCUGAUGAAGACAUGCUCAUUCCUGUAAUUUUAGAGAUCAAAACCAAACGUGCUGUUGAAAAAAUGCCAAAUUUUUCUUAUCCAGGACAUUGGAAUAACACAAAAUACCGGCGGUGUUAACUCUUCUUUGAAGCCUCCAAAACAAGUGUUAACAUAAGUUUAGGAUGCCUGUUAAUUUGGGAAAAUGCAGAGCUUUAUUUUGAGCCACUGUAUAUUACAAUAUUAACGUUACAUGGUUUAUAUGUGUGAACUUUCUUUCUUUUAGUUAAUGUGUAAUUUUUAUAUAUUCUGAGUUAGAAAUAGGGAAAUGCAUGUUUUAUGAGUGGAAAAUACCAUCUCAAAUACUUAGCUCAGGUAUAACUUAAAAAAUAUUAUUAAUUCAUAAAAUGAAAUAUGUUUCUGUUCUUUAGUAGAUCAAAAACAACCAAAAUAAAUUUAAAAUGUGAACACUCUCUUAUCUAUGAAUUCAGAAUAACAAAAAAACAUGUGUUAACUGAUGUUUGAAGCCUCCAAAACAGAAUUUUUAUGUUAUCAGCGAGUUCUGAAAAAAAUUGAAUUGAUAUACAUACAAUUUCUACCUGAGGCCAGUCUAUACAACAUAACAUAUGAUUAUAAUACAGAUUUAACCUGAAAAUUUUUGAUUGAAGUAACAAAAAAAUCAAAACAAGUGAUUUGACUGUUUCGGAGGCUUCAAGUGUUUCGGAGGCUUCAACUGUUAACGGAAAGUUUGUAUCAUCUCUUAUUUUCAAACAGCAAGGAAUAUCUCUGCUAUUUAUUGACAGGUGAACUAGGUGUCCAGAUACUACAAUGUGAUGUAUUGAUUGGUCAAGUUCCUUCGUUCAUAUUUAUAUGAGCGGUCUGUAAAGUUUGUUUCGGAGGCUUCAAAACAGUUAACGGAAAAUUUACCUUCAUCAGUUAGGCUUUGAAAAAAUUGUAAAAAGAAGUGUGAUCAAAGAUAUUUUGUUAUUAUUUGGAAGUUUAUACUUCAAAUGUUGCAUAAAGGUCCUAGGGAGCAGAAUUUAAUUUUUUUUAAACCACUGCUCGGAAUACAAAGUUUGUUAGCUAAUGUUAACGGAAAAUGAAGCCUCCGAAACAACAAAUUAGACCACCCUGUUCUCAAAAAUAAAGAAGCAGUCACACUAAUAACCUAUCUGGUAUUUUUCAUUGAACAUCUAACUUCACAUUCUGCAUAACAAAAGUAAUCCUCAACAUUCCAGAAAUAAUACAGGGCAUUACAAAAAAGUCUAUGUAUUUUAUGUACACAAAAAAGGUGCAACUUUGGGUACUUAUGUGCCUGCCAAAAUUGAACGAAGUAAUGAGUGAAGAUGUCUAUGCUACCCGAGGUAGCACUCAUUGAGGUCACUCAUAUGCCAAAGCAUCUUCAAAUUAUGUGGCUUUAUGAGAAUGCUACAGAUAAAAACAUUGAAAUUUCAGAGUUACACCAUAUAUUGUGAAAAUGACCGUAUAUGAUUAGAUUGGCAUGUGUGCACUGGUAACAAACAGUUGCUUGGCCAGGAUGCUCCCCAGGGAGUGGAAAUGGUGCACUUUAUGUGUGGAUCCAGUGACAGGGGUAAUAAAAGUGUUUAGAAACAAAGUACAUAUGAAGUGCUAUAUAUAUACAGUAAAUGUAACUAAAUUUUUUAUUUUUUUGUUUUAUUAUUAUGAAUUUUUCUUUAAAAGACAUCUUACAAAUUAUAUUAUAGAUGUGAGACUUUAUCCAGUUGUAAGUACAAUAAAUAAACGAAUUCCAAUAGAAUUUUACAGAAUGACUACAAAUUGUUUGUAGGUAUAAAUACAUCUUAAUAUCAAAAUAAUGUCAAUGCACGAUGCAGGAAAAAGUUGAGAAAUUAUUCCGUAAAUUGAAAAAUAUGCCAAGAUAUUCUGCCAUUAUAUGGGUCUACAUGUACAUGGGUCUAUAUGGCAACAUCUUUGUCAUGAAUGAAUUUAACUGACAUGCUGUCCCAAAAUACUUUUCUUUCUUUUAAACUUGUUCGAUAUGUCCAUAAUUCUGUGCAAUCUUUGCUUGAUAUUUACUUGGAUAUUUGCAAACUGUAGAUGGUUCCAACUGCUACACAACCCAAUGAUUUUUUUAAAACGAUAUAAUAUCCAAAAGUAGAUGUAAAGUCCAGGAAAUAUAAAAAUAUCCAGCAUUAAUUUAUAAUUUGUUUAUUUGGGAUUUUUAUAAAAAAAUAAGUACUAUGUAAAGUAGAAAAUAUAGUGUUAUAUUUCAGUCUCAGGCAACAAAAGGGCCUCAAAAUUGGUUAUGAAGGUCAAAGAAUGAAACUAGAAUUUAAUCUCUCAUAUCAUUCACCAGGGGGG